AUGGCUAAACCAAGAUCAGGAGUGCCAGCUAAAAUAAGAAAAAGUACAAGAUUUUAUCCUUAUUUCAAGGAUUGCAUUGGAGCUAUUGAUGGCACACAUAUUCCAGCAAUAGUGAGGGGACACGAUGUCAGCAACUAUCGUAAUCGACGUGGAAAUAUAUCCAAAAAUGGUUCAUUAGCGGCUUGCAAUUUUGAUUUGGAAUUCAUGUAUGUCCUCAGCGGAUGGGAGGGUUUGGCUCAUGAUUCAAAAGUGUUAAGUGAUGCUCUAUCAAGGAGGAAUGGUCUUAAAGUUCCUCAAGCAUUACGUAACUUUCUUCAUAAGGAGUGUUGUUCCAAUGAAUUUCCUAUUGAGCCAACUGAUGAAUCUUCAUCAUCUUCAUCCUCAUCAAUACCGGUUGAUGAAGAGGACAAUUUUGAGCUAGCAUAG